CAGUAGCAGUAGCACCAGCAGCACCGGACCUGCCAUGGCAAGCAAGCUGAUAGUUUUCGUAGCGGCUCUGGCCGUUGCGCGCGCCGGUUACCUGGGCGCUCCUGCCGUUUUGGCACCCGGUGCGCCCCUGGCUGCCCGUGCCUACGCCGCCCCCGCCUACGCCGCAGCCCCCGCCUACGCCGCCGCCCCUGUGGCUAUCGCCGCGGCUCCCGCCAUCCGCGCCGCCCCCGUGGCUGUCGCUGCCGCCCCCGCCAUCCGCGCCGCCCCCGUCGCCGUCGCCGCCGCCCCUGCUGCCGUCGCCGCUGAGUACGACCCCCACCCCCAGUACAGCUUCAGCUACAGUGUGAACGACGCCAUCACUGGAGACUCUAAGUCCCAGCACGAGACCCGUGACGGAGACGUCGUCCAGGGCAGCUACAGCCUGGCAGAGCCCGACGGCUCCAUCCGCACCGUCGACUACGCUGCCGACCCCGUGAACGGCUUCAACGCCGUCGUGCACAAGGAGGCCGGCGCCCACCCCGCCGCCCCCGCCCGUGUGGCCGUUGCCGCUGCUCCAGUGGCCGUCGCCGCCCCCGCCCCCGUAGCUGUCGCCGCCCCCGCUCGUGUGGCUGUCGCUGCCGCCCCCGCUCGUGUGGCUGUCGCCGCACCCAUCGCUAGAGCUGCGUACGCCGCCCCUGCCCUGAGCUACGCCGCCGCCCCCGCCAUCGCAGCCGCCCCCAUCGCCAGGGCUGCCUACGCCGCCCCUGCUCUCGCUUACGCCGCGGCCGCUCCAAUCGCUAGGGCUGCCUACGCUGCCCCUGCCCUCACCUACGCCGCGGCCGCCCCCGCCAUCGCUGCUGCCCCUGCCCUGAGCUACGCCGCCGCCCCCGCCAUUGCUGCCGCCCCCAUCGCUAGGGCUGCCUACGCCGCCCCCGCCCUCGCCUACGGCGCUGGUCUCGGCUACGGAUACGCCGCCGCCCCCAUCGCUAGAGCUGCGUACGCUGCCCCCGCCCUCGCCUACGGCAAGGCCCUCAUCCACUAA